GGCGGCGCUUUGUGUGCGGCGGCGGCGGGCGCGCGGCGAGCGGCGGUGCGGGAGCGGCGGCGCCGCGGAGGGACGCGCGGGCGCGGCAGCAUGGAGGAGCUGAGCAGCGUGGGCGAGCAGGUCUUCGCCGCCGAGUGCAUCCUGAGCAAGCGGCUCCGCAAGGGCAAGCUGGAGUACCUGGUCAAGUGGCGCGGCUGGUCGUCCAAGCACAACAGCUGGGAGCCCGAGGAGAACAUCCUGGACCCGCGGCUGCUCCUGGCCUUCCAGAAGAAGGAGCAGGAGAAGGAGGUUCAGAACCGGAAGAAAGGCAAGCGGCCCCGGGGCCGGCCGAGGAAGCUCACGGUGAUGUCCUCCUGCAGCCGCCACUCCAAGCUCAAGGAGCCGGACACCUCCUCCAAGUGCAAGUCCAGCAGCUCCUCCUCCUCCUCCACGUCGUCCUCCUCGUCCUCCGACGAAGAGGGGGACAGCGACCUGGACGCCGAGAGGGGCCCCCGCGGCCGGGAGACGCACCCGGUGCCGCAGAAGAAGGCGCAGAUCCUGGUGGCCAAGCCCGAGCUGAAGGACCCCGUCCGGAAGAAGCGCGGCCGCAAGCCGCUGCCCCCCGAGCAGAAGGCGGCCCGGAGGCCCGUGAACCUGGCCCGGGUGCUCAAGACCGCCAGGAAGGACCUGGGGGCGCCCGCCGGCAAGCUGCCGCCUCCGCUCAGCGCCCCCGUGGCCGGCCUGGCGGCCCUGAAGGCCCACGCCAAGGAGGCCUGCGGCGGCCCCAGCAGCCUGGCCACCCCCGAGAGCCUGGCCAGCCUGAUGAAGGGCAUGGCCGGCAGCCCCAGCCGCGGCGGCAUCAGCUGGCAGAGCUCCAUCGUGCACUACAUGAACCGCGUGAGCCAGAGCCAGGCCCAGGCCGCCGGCCGGCUGGCACUCAAGGCCCAGGCCGCCAGCAAGUGUGGCCUCGGGCUGGACCUCAAGGUGAGGACGCAGAAGGGCGAGCUGGGGUUCAGCCCCCCGGGAAGCAAACUCCCAAAGGCCCCUGGCAGUGGGGCGAUGGAGCCGAAAGGAGGGGCCGGGGGGGCCCCCCACGCCCACAGCGGCAGCAAGGCCCCUGCCGGUUGCCUGGGCCCCCAGCCUGCGCCCACCCAGGAGCUGAGCCUCCAGGUCUUGGACUUACAGAGCGUCAAGAACGGCAUGCCGGGGGUGGGCAUGGGCGCCCGCCACGCCGCGGCCGCCAAGGGUGUCCCUGCCACGGUGCCCGGCACUGGGAAGGGCGCCGGGGCUGGCGCCACCGGGGGCAGCGGGGCCGGCAUGCUGGCUGACACCGGCAAGGGCGAGAAGCUGGCCGCCCGGGCCGCUGCUGUGCCCGCCCCGGCGGGGAAGAGGGACUGCGGCAAGGGCGGCGCGGCCCCCGGCGGGCAGGAGGGGCCCGGGGCCCUGGGGAAAGCGGCCGCGCUGUCCGAGAUGAGCACCGGCGAGGAGAACAGCAGCUCCGACUCGGACCCGGACCCGGACCCGGCCUCACUGCCCGGCGCCAAGCAGAACCUGUCCUUGUCGGUGCAGACCAGCCAGGACUGGAAGCCCACCCGCAGCCUCAUCGAGCACGUCUUCGUCACGGACGUGACCGCCAACCUCGUCACCGUCACCGUGAAGGAGUCCCCCACCAGCGUGGGCUUCUUCAGCCUGCGGCACUACUGACCGUGGCCGCCGCCGCCGCCGCCUCCGGCCUGGCUCCCGUGGUGGCCACGCCAGGCCGCUCCGGGGCGGGCAGACGGGCCGGCCGUACCUCGAUGCCUUGCCGGGGCCCGCCCGCCCCGUUCCUACCUCGGCCUUCACUUCCCUUCGGCCUCAGGAAGUCUGGGCACACCUGCAGCUCGAGCCAAAUCUCCGAACCGCCUCCCGGCUGCUGACGGCUCCGCUUCCCCGGGCACCGAUGUUCCAGGAGGAGCUUCUGGGCCAGCGUGGCUGGUGGGGGGCAGGGCCUGGAGGACCACACCAGGCAGGCAGACCAAGAUGGGGUGGGGCAGGGGCCUUGCUGCCAGAACCCCCUCCCCCCCAACUGUGCCUGAGCUGUCAGGGUGAGGGGGCGUCAUCUCUCUGUCACUGUCCUCUCCCCUCAUAGCUGAGGGCUGUGGCCUUGAUGUAAAGGACAGGUCUUGGGGGGUGGGAGAGGCAGGGACCCUGAGAGGCUGGUUUGGGGCCAUCUAACUGGGGGCCGGCUCCGCUGGGCUAGUCCCUGAGCUGCUGCACCUGAGAAGCCAGCCUCUGGGUUUUGGGGGCAGGAGGAGAGGGUGCCUGCCUUCCUGCCAUCUGUGCCAGGACCACCCGUCGUUCUCUCAGCCCCACACACUGCCCGGGCCUGCUGGCUGUGCGGGAGCCUUGCCACGUCUCCCCAUGGAGAAGCCCACCGUCCCUGACAAUCCCCCCCACCUCUGGGCCCGUGUCCUUCCCCGUGGAGACACUGCCUGCCUGCCUGCGCGUUUGGGAAGCUGGACAGAACCAGAGUGGCCCGCCAGACGGAGGCCGGGGGCCACAGCGGGAGCUGCCCUGUGUGGAUUCCCACCCACCAUGCAAUGGGUGUCCUGGGCGCAGGGGAGAGGUGGGCCAGCUGGGGUGCCACUGGGCCUGUAAUGCCAAAAACGGGGCCUUGGGGGACUCCAGUUUUAUUUCUGUGAUUGAUUAUGGCAGCCUCCACCCCUCCCCCACUCCCAGCCCCGCCCUCCAUGCCAAAUAGGAACAGGGCUUCGUUGUAGCCAAAUCUGAACCGAGUGCCUUUGGGGACAGCCUGUGUCCAGGACCCCUUGAGGGGUCUCCACAGGAUACUGGGGCUCCAACAUGGCAUCCCCACCAGCAGCUGCGGGCAUGGUGCCGCCUUGGCAGCCAAAGACUAGUAGGAGUCCCCACCUGCCAGGCUGAAUCUGGGAAGUGGGCAGUGAAGGGAGACCUGCCCCCUGUGCACCCAGGCAGGGGGAAGUAGUCCCAGCAUGGACUGGGGCUCUGGCUGCAGCCCCCUCCUGUCCCCGGGGUGAUCACAGGGGUUCACCCUCCCCCCCAGAGGAGCUGAUGCCUCCAAGUUCUGCAGCUGCUCCACCUGGUCCUGCUGCCGCCCCUCUGAGCUCACGGGCACCGGCAGCCAGGCCUCCGGUCCCAACGCGGUGCCUUUACCAGCUCUCUCGAUCCCAAAGUUUGAUCUGUAAACGCCUUGCUCCCAGCCUCUGCCUUGCUGGGUGGUGUGUGUGUCUGGGUUCUGUGACCCUAACUGUGUGUGUGUGAUUGGGCCCAGGUGCUCUGAGCUGGUCGCCAUGUUUACCAGUUAAUAAAGCCCUCCUGUUUUAUUUGCUGCUUGUGUGUGUGUGUAGGUGGGUGGGUGCAUCUAGGCACCGGUCGCACGUCCAACGUGGCAUUGCCUUGUUCCGCAGGGGCCCCUGCCACACAGCAGUGAGCCGUUGUAUGUGUUCUGUCCUGUCUCGGCUUCUGGGAGUGGGUGGGAGGAAGAAGCCGGCCUGCCCUCCUCCAGGGGGUUGGCAUAUUUUUAUACCUAUAUUUUUGGUACCAAAAAGAAGGCUCCUGUUUUGGUUACACUCAAAACUCUGACCUGACUUCAGGGGGCUGGGGCCUCGCUAGAGGUCUCAUUGGGGGGAACUUUGGGGAAAGACCAGCGCUGUGGGCCGGUGCCAAUCCCUGGCUUGAUUUGUGUUAAUUAAAAGAAAAAGCCAAAUUGUUUGUGUAUACCACUUUUAAUUGCUUUCUUAAGAGAACAAAACUGGGUAUGUUACUUCCCUGGGAAACCUAGGUCUUUGCUGAAACAGGACAGCAGCCCAGCCCCCAAAUUCAAACAGGACCAACCAGCUAAAGGGAACACCUCCCCCAGAAAGCCCACCAGGGUUUGCUGGGCAGAGUGAGAGCUAGGGGAAAAUAGUGCCUCGAUUGCCAGGUUUCUGCUCACAUGCAUCUGAAAAUUCUGUGCAUUUUCUAGUAUUUUUGGGAAACAACACUAGCCAUAGGUUGUAGGGUUUUUUUCAGACGGAUGUUAAUUUAUUCAGCAGGGGGAAGACAGCCAAUGUGUCAGACCUUUGCCUUUUCACUUAGUAUAUCAAUAAUUUUUUAAUUACC